AUGUUGCCACAAGAUUCAGAGUGGUUGAUUACCUAUGUUUCCAUUCGUUUUCGGAAUGACUACCCGACAGAAAAUCAACAGGGACCGCAUACAAAAGAAUUUGAACGUGCUACAACUACCGAUGAAGCUUUCCAACAGACAAUUAAAGCUUCGAAAACUUUAGCAUCUGUUGCAAUUGAUUUCUUAGAAGAUGAUUUAUUUGCAAAGAGUGUUGUAGAUGAAUUUAAAUUAUCGUCGACAUCUGAUACAACCACCACCCAAUCAUAG